GCGGCGCUGGGGCCAUGUGUGUAUUGUUUAAACUGCUCAAAUCUGACCGAGUACCCGGACCGAAAAAACUUCCACCAAACUGAGUGAUGGCGGCCGUCGUGUCUGUUAGCACAGCUGCCAGAGAUGAAAGCACAGACACAGAGCUCAGUCUCGUCUCUCGUCCGCUUCACGAAAAUUACGACCUCGCUGCGGAUCACGAAAGCUGGAUGUCCAGGGACCGCCGACAUCCCGAACUCGAACCGGGCCAGGUGGACUCAACCUCGGAACGCGAGUGCCAGCGGAGGGUCGACGAGGACUUGACAUCACUGAGCCCCGAAGAGAUAGAGAGCCGCUUGGAGAGAACUCGCCGGGAGUUUUACAACCGUAGAAAAAUUAUCAUAAAGAAUCUGCCCUCCGACGUUAGCAAUCAGGAGGUCCAUGAGCUGUUGGGCAACUAUGACUUGAAGUACUGCUUUGUUGACAAAUACAAAGGCACAGCAUUUGUGACACUGCUCAAUGGGGAACAGGCGCAGUGUGCCAUCAAAGAGUUCCACCAGCAUGUGCUACGGGACCGGGAGAUUUCUGUGCAACUGCAGCCAACAGAUGCCCUGCUCUGCAUCGCCAACUUGCCCUGCGCUUUCACCCAGCAGCAGUUUGAGGAGUUGGUGCGACCCUUUGGUAACUUGGAGCGCUGCUUUCUGGUGUACAGCGCCUCCACAGGGCAUUCCAAGGGCUAUGGCUUUGUGGAGUACAUGAAGAAGGACUCGGCGGCCAGGGCCAAGUCGGAGCUAUUGGGAAAGCAGCUGGGGUCCCGCAUGCUUUAUGUCCACUGGACUGAGGUGGGCUCCCUAACAUACCCGCUGCUGCACUCUAAAUGCCUGUGCGUGGACCGCCUGCCCCCAAACCUGCUGACAGCUCAAGACCUCCGCAACGGCCUGGCUGACACCCAUGCGCCAGCCUUCUGCCAGUUGGCUCAGGGACAAGAUGGAAGUUUUCGACGGUUCGCAGUAUUGGAGUUUGCCACUGCUGAGAUGGCGGAGGAGGCACAGCGACUCACUGAUGGCAGGCUGCUGGGCGGGACACACAUCAGGGUGUCCUUCUGUGCCCCUGGCCCUCCUGGAAGAAGCAUGUUGGCUGCUCUGAUUGCUGCCCAAACCAUGGCUGUGAACAGGGGUAAAGGCCUCCUCCCUGAUCCCACAGCCAUGCAGAUUCUUACAGGCCUCAAUAACCCCGCCACCCUCAAGAUGCUGCUCAACCCACUGUCACAGGGGCACAAACAAGGCCUCCUCGGGGCAGCCCCUACAAUGCCCCUGCUGGGUAACCCUGCCCUCUCUGCUGCCCUGCUCCAGAUGCUCCUUCAGAACCAGGCCAAGGCCCAGCAGCAAGCAUUUCUGGGAAAUCAUCUUCUGUGGGCUCAGGUGCUGCACAGUAAAGAAAACCCUCUAGUGCUUUGUGCAGGACUCAUUGGGGAGAAUCCUCUGGCAGCACUGCCUGUCCAGCAGGGAGUCCAUCUGCUCGGAGACCUGCCCCAAGGUGGUGUAGUCCAGGGUCUAGGUCUUCAGACAGAACCUCUAAACCCCCUAAAGCCAAUGCCACUUGGCAGAGCUCUGGCAAGGGAGCAGGAGUCCCCCACAGCAGCAUGCACCUUCCCCCAGACUUCCUCUCCCACCCUGCAGGGCAUCUCCAUGCCCCUGAUGGGUGGCAUGAUGGGGGCAGAUGGCCUCACAGCACAAGGGGUAUCCAUACUAGGAGAUCCUCCUAAAGAUGCGAACCAGAGUGGCUUCCUCAAUGUCAGCAGUGUGUUUCCCUCGGGAGGAAGCUGCAGACCUCACCCCUAUAGAAAGAGGCCCACACUAAGUAAUGUGUCCAACCAGCACACGCACCAGAGCAUACAGCCAAAUUACAACCUGCGCUACCAGGAUUCAUACAGCCCAGAAUAUCCUCCUCUACACCAGUAUCCGCUGGCCCACUUGUACGAACAGCAGGAGAACCUUGAUAUUGGGGCCUUGGCAGGAUUCGGUCAGCAGGUAGUUGUUAAUGAACCAUUUCACGACUACCUCUCUUGUAACCCUGAGUACAGCGAGCAGUUUUCCCACUACAGUUACCCUCCCAGCCCGCCCCUGUCCUACUUCAGCUCAGGUCCUGAGGCAUCCAGUAACGGUAGCCUCCCUACCAGCCAGCUUAACAGGGCUGUGGGAAUGCCUCCAGUGAGCCACAACACCAACUACCCUCCAGGCCUGGGAAAUGCUGUGAAGACUCCCAUUGGUAGCCACAAGCGCGUGUUCUCCCGGCUGAUCCCAUCUCCAGAGCCGAGCCCUGAAGGCAGCUAUGUGGGCCAGCACUCCCAGGGCCUUGGUGGCCAUUAUGCAGACUCCUACCUUAAGCGAAAGCGUAUAUUCUAAAUACAGCUGAAUGCUUCUUGCUGUAUGAGUAGCCAUUCAACAGCCAGGACACAAUGGCAUCUCCUCCGGUCUCCUCCAAUGAACUUUAGCUUGGUGGUCCUUGGAUUUGUCUCGUGUGUACUCCUGUGAGUGACCCCUGGAGGGUGCUGGGGAGUGCAGCCUGUUGCUAUCUGGACAGUUGUGUCACUCCAUGGGAGUUCUUGGUGGUUGGUUUUUUUUUUUUUUUUUUAUUUCCCCUUCUGUUUUUGUGUGUGUAUAUAUGAUUUUAGUGUGUUAAGUUUUUAGUUUUUCCUCUUUUAAUUUGACUUUUAAUUUCCUGUUAAAAUUUGUACAGUGAGAAAAAAAUGGUUAAUUAGCUAAUGGAGUCUUCUCUUGAACCUUUUUUUUUUUUUUUUAAUGUGUUGAGUGUGGUGUAUCAGCAGAGCUAUAGAUAGUUUAGCCAGUUUUCAGUGGCAGCCAUCGGCUGCUUUUUAUGUUUGACAUCUCUCACUAUAAAGUGAUGCUGUCCACCAUUUCAGGCAAAGGGACUUCAAGCUUUACUUCAGAGGCUUUUUUUUUUUUCUUUUAAAUAGCCUACCUAAUUACAUGUAAAAAGUUCAGUAGUUUGUUUAAUGAGAUGGUGUUUUUGUGUUAUGGUGGUUUUUUUUUUUUUUUUUUGUUUUCCCCUUUUUUCCACAGGGUUGUAUAUUUUUCUGACUAUUGCUGGAUUCAGGCUCCUCAUUGGCUACUGUGCAACUUUCCAUCCACUAAUGACAGCUGUAUGCACCUGCCUGUGUAUUGUGACGGUGAAGUUUUUUACCAUUCAUUUCUCAAGCCUUAACUGUCCUGCGCUGUUUGUCUUUUGAUCCAUACCCUCCAACUUGUUUACAGAAUCUGUUCUCUACACUGGUUGUUGAGUGAUGCACUUGGAGGGCCCAGGUCACAACCCAAUCUGUUCUCACCUCUAUAAGAUGCCAUUUUAAAGUCUCCUCUCACUCGUAUGCCCAUGAGUUGAAUAUUUUCUGUAUUUAUGAGUUGUGUUUUGCAAAGUUAAAUUUUGAAUGUCUUAAAGUCUAAACACCACACCUCAAUGGUUGGGUGGGUGGGGCGGUGGACAUGCGCAGUGUGCCAUCUCUCGAGCUGCCAACAGAACAUUUACAAUCUCCUCAGCGAGAGGCUAAAAUCUCAAUUGAAUUAGCUUCUCUAGACAAGUAGAUGGCAGCUGGAAUGAUGGACACAGCUUGUGUUCAAAGUUAUCCAGUAAUGGUGGGUAGUUAAGUCUCCCUGGGGAGCUAUUAAUGGAAGCUAGUGGCAGGUGAUUGGUCAGUGACAUGACUGUCCUUGUAUUUCUUUUUUUUUUUUUUUUUGUUGAAUAAUUAUCUGGUUGACAGUUUGAUUGUGAAAACCCAUUACCUCUGACUUCUGCUAGGAAAUGCAGCUACACUUGAGCCUCAACAGUGUUUUCUGUGAUAUCAUCCUGCCCUGUGUUGGCUUCCAUCUACAUUUACCAUUUCUGUGUUUGCUGUGUAUAUAGUUAAGCUUGAUUAUUUUCCUGAGUCCAAAACUUUUGUUUUCUUUAAUCAUACCUGCCUCUGGUCUGGUGUUGAAUGAAGUUGCUGCUCCUCAUGUUUUUGUUGUUUGCCUGUAUGUUUGAAAGCUGAUGUGUGACCAAGAGUGGCGCCACAGCAGACUGCUCAUGUUGUGUAUGGACCAAGAGGUGCGGUUGUACUGUAUGACAACAUCCGUUUUUGAUUGGUUUUGAUUCUGCUAUCUGAUCUGUACCGCCACAAUUGUCUCAGUAUGUGUGUGAUGUGAGCAAGUAAAUGUUAUUUAAACUCAA